ACCGCAGGAACACUACCCAAUUGUUUUAUUCUGAAAGUAUUUAGCAUUGCUGAAGGAAACAACUGGCAGCUGGACCAGAGAAUGGCAAAUACCUAUGUCACUACAUCUGAUGGGUACUACCUUGCUGAACCCACACAGUAUUACGAUAUUUUGCCAGAGCAAUUCCAUUAUCAGCUGUGUGACGCGGAUUUCCAAGAACCACCCUAUUGCCAAUAUUCCACUGCUCAGUUCCCUCCAGCGUUACAGUCCCCAUGUUUACAAAGCCAUUUCAACACAUACAGCUUGGAUCCACAGUACAGUGGUGGCAGUUGGUGCGGACUCGACUCUGGAGAAUCUAGUCAGUCCACUUAUGUGGUUGUUCAUGAUGAUAAUGAAGACGAAUUCCCUGGGGCACAAAGGUGCAGGCCAACUUGUUCUUUACACUGGAAGGGACAAGAUGAGCUCUGUAUGGUCUGUGGUGAUAAGGCAUCAGGAUAUCACUACAAUGCCCUUACCUGUGAGGGCUGCAAAGGUUUUUUCCGACGUAGCAUUACCAAAAAUGCAGUGUAUUCGUGCAAGAACGGUGGCCACUGUGAAAUGGACAUGUACAUGCGCAGAAAAUGCCAAGAGUGCAGACUGAAGAAGUGUAAGGCGGUGGGGAUGCUGGCAGAAUGUUUGCUCACAGAGAUCCAGUGUAAGUCAAAGAGACUUCGCAAGAACUUCAAGCAUGGGCCUUCCCUGUACUCUGCCAUCCAAGUGGAAGAUGAACGAGCAGACACCAAACACGUGUCGUCCACCACUAGAUCUGGGAAAGGGGUUCAGGACAACGUGACUCUAACUCAAGAGGAGCGUUGUCUUCUGAAUACCAUAGUGACUGCUCAUCAAAAAUCCAUGAUUCCCUUACGGGAAACAAGCACACUUCAGCAGGAGUACUCCAACCCAGAACUAAGUUUUCUGAGACUCUCAGAACUAUCAAUCCUGCACAUACAUGGACUGAUGAAAUUUACUAAGGGACUCCCAGGAUUUGACAAUUUAACCACUGAGGAUCAGACUGCAUUACAGAAGGAGUCAAAAGCUGAAGCGCUGUUCCUUCAUGUAGCCCAGCUUUAUGGUGGGAAAGAUUCAGCCUCUGGAAGCACUAUGAGACCAGCAAAGCCCUCAGCUGGGACACUGGAGGUGCAUAGUCACAGGGGUGAUGAAAGUGUUCAUUCUUUGGAAAACUUUUUCAAGGAAGGCUACCCUUCUGCUACUCUGACUGGUAUUACUAGAGAAUUUAUUGCCUCACUGUCUUACUUCUACAGAAGAAUGAGUGAACUUAAUGUAACAGACACUGAAUAUGCUCUGCUUACGGCGACAACAGUGCUUUUCUCAGAUCGUCCAUGCCUUAAAAAUAAGCAGCAUGUAGAAAACCUACAAGAACCAGUGCUGCAGCUUUUGUUUAAGUAUUCAAAAAUGUACCAUCCAGAAGACCCACAGCAUUUUGCACACCUCAUAGGGAGACUUACUGAACUGAGAACUCUGAGUCAUAGCCACUCAGAAAUCCUUAACACUUGGAAAACAAAGGACCCCAGGUUGGUUAUGUUUUUCUCUGAGAAAUGGGAUUUGCAAUCCCUUUACUGA